AUGGAUCAUAUAAUUUGUGAAGGGAUUUGUCAAAGUUAUACACAAUGGAUAUGGCAUGGUGAAGUAGUAGCAAAGUCAAAUGUGUCCCAAAGAGAUAAUGUUAGUGUAGAAAUGGAUGAUAGUCUGGAAGACAUGAUGCGUGAUAUUGGACAAGAUUUGUUUAAGAGGGCACAUGCGUAUGAUACUUUCUGCAGUGACAAGGAUAAACCUUUGUACUCGGGAUGCACAAAUUUUACACAUUUGUCAGCCGUGUUAAAAUUAUUUAAUUUUAAGGCAAAUAAUGGUUGGACUGACAAAAGUUUUACUGAAUCACUUGAAUUGUUGACACAAAUGCUUCCAGAAGGUAACAUAAUGCAAAAUCAUUAUUACGAGGCAAAGAAAUUAUUGUGUCCGAUGGGUUUGGAGUAUGCCAUGCCCUAA